CCACCGGUUGCUGCUCGGCCAUACCCCGGCAGUUUUUAAUUCGUUUCUAAUUAUAAUUGCUUUUAUAGUAUAUAAAUAAUAUAUACUAAUUUAAACCAGUUAUCGGUUUCAGACUAUAUAAAAUGUGGAAAAUUUCUACUAAGAUUAUACGACACACUUCAGGCAAUCAGCUGUGUUUUACACGGAAAAUUUCAGUGGGUGGAACACUCAAUCAGCAGACCCAGUUGGAAUUGGUGGAAACUUCAAAAUGGGAACAGGCCAGACCCUACGGUGAGAUGCCGGGUCCCAGUGCCUUGCGAAUGUUGUCUUAUUUUAUGCCGGGAGGAGCCCUUCGGAAUACCAAUUUGAUUCAGAUGAAUCGCCGCAUGAGAGAGAUGUAUGGCGACAUCUACUGUAUCCCUGGAAUGAUGGGAAAACCCAAUGUAGUCUUUACCUACAAUCCAGAGGACUUUGAGGUGACCUAUCGCAACGAAGGUGUUUGGCCUAUCAGAAUAGGCCUAGAAAGCUUUAAUUACUAUCGCAAGAUUCAUAGACCAGAUAUUUUUAAAGGCGUUGGUGGUCUGGUAUCUGAUCAGGGUCAGGCCUGGGCUGAUAUUCGCAACAAGGUGAAUCCAGUUCUUAUGAAAGUGCAGAAUGUUCGCCAGAAUCUACCGCAAUUGGACCAGAUAUCAAAGGAGUUUAUAGACAAAUUGGAAACACAACGAGAUCCAGAGACCCAUACUAUAAGUAAUGAUUUUCACAACGAACUCAAGAUGUGGGCUUUCGAGUCCAUCAGCUUUGUGGCCAUAAAUACACGCAUGGGUCUGCUAAGUGAUAAUCCUGAUCCUAAUGCCGAUCGUCUGGCUAAGCAUAUGGGGGACUUCUUCAACUACAGCUUUAAGUACGAUGUACAGCCCUCUAUUUGGCCUUUCUAUAAGACACCUGGCUUUAAAAAGUUCCUGAAAACAUAUGAUGAUAUCACCGAUAUAACGUCUAACUAUAUAGAGACAGCUAUGAAAAGGUUCCGGACAAAUGAAGAGCGUAAGACUAAAUGCGUUUUGGAGCAGCUGCUGGAACUUAACAAAAAAGUGGCUGUAGCCAUGGUUAUGGAUAUGCUAAUGGCUGGAAUCGAUACGACUUCUUCUGCUUGUCUUACGAUCCUCUACCACCUGGCUCGUAAUUCCUCAAAGCAAGAUAAGCUGCGUCGGGAACUACUUCGUAUAUUGCCCAGCCCAAAGGACUCCUUGACGGAUGUGAAUACCAAAAACAUGCCCUAUUUGAGGGCCUGCAUAAAGGAAGGUCUGCGAAUCACAUCUAUAACACCUGGAAAUUUCCGGAUUACGACUAAGGAUCUAGUGCUCUCGGGUUAUCAGGUUCCUCGUGGCACUGGAGUACUGAUGGGUGUACUAGAACUAUCUAAUAGUGAUAAGUACUUUGCCCAGAGUGCUGACUUCAUGCCUGAGAGAUGGCUAAAGACCGACCUAGCUCCUGAUAUCCAAGCAUGUCCAGCUGCCCGGUCUCGUAACCCCUUUGUAUACCUUCCCUUUGGCUUUGGACCACGCACCUGCAUUGGCAAGAGGAUCGCGGAACUGGAGAUUGAGACGCUUUUAGUGCGACUUCUUCGAAACUACAAAACCAGCUGGCUGCCCGAGACUCCAAUGCAAUAUGAGAGCACCAUUAUCCUGGCACCCUGCGGGGAUAUUCGCUUCAAACUAGAACCAGUCGGUGGUUCAAUGUGAUAUGUAACCUAAGCUGAAGUACAGACAUCCAAUUAAGUUCAGAGA